GCAUGUUCGAUCGACGAGGUGGCCAUCGACGCAUCGGUGUUGUGUGAUGUGAGCAGGAGGUCCGAUCGCCCGCCCUGUGGUUGUGCGUCUUGUCAUGCUCGUCGACGAGCCAAUUCGGUGCACUUCGCCAUCAUUACAUUCUUGUCCGGUGCAUACAUACUCUUGGUGCUGCUGGUGGGUAUCACAUGCAGAACAUACGAGUACGGUGAAUGUGAAAACCGGUUCACAUCCUCGCGGCGGGUACCCGACUCUCGAUGUAGCCUGCAAAGAAGGCCAUGGAAUGAAAUCCACGUUUAGGGCAUGCGGUCGAGCAUGAGUUCAGCGAGUUCGUUUCGUGUUCAGCGAAAAACUGGAGCGUACGGGUUUGUUCUGACACCCAGAAACGAUUAGAGUAAUGAAGACUGCCAACAAACUGUACUUCUGUCCUGAUCUUCAGACGAAAACCGAAUCACGUUACAGGCCUUGCAUCGAGGGAACGGUUCGUCAGAACAAAACCCUACUUUCACUUACGGGGGACGACGUAACUUCUCGAGUAAUAUGCAGAAGAUGUUGAGAAGUGUAGAAAUAAAUAGAAGACAUUGAAAGUAUGUGGGAAAGGCAGCACAAGCAGAGGGAUCGCGAUGAGCCAACCAGAGCAAAAAGUUCACCCGUCUGUCUAUAUACUGAACAGUUGGCACCGAAGAGCUCAGAGUGCGUUGGAACAUCUCAGUACGAAGCCCAUGCCCACCAUAAUUAUCAAAUCGUCCUUCAUUCCAUCUAGCCCGUGCUCAGGACACCAUCCAGUGCGACAAUAUGCUCCGAUGGUAUCGAAUUUGUACCUUCACCAUUCAAAAUGGGUACGCAUGGAAUCAAAACGGUUAAUGUACGAGUGCUGCAGAACGCUUAGAACAUCUAAAGAUGGGAUACUCUGUGGGAAAAACAAUUCUCCUCUAUUAAUCGAGGAAAUAAAGGCAAAAGAAAACAAUGCCAUAGGGCCAAAGAAAUAGAGAGAUAUUCCUUCUCCUGAUGAAAUUGUAAUCUAGCCCUCUGCAUGGAAAGAUCAUGUAACAGAUGGCGAUUUAAAACAAGCGCCACC